CGACAUUAAGGCUGCUAGUAGCACGAGCACUGAGGAGCGCCAACUUGUUCAGUCUUCCACGCGGCAACUGCCGUACGUUUGGUGGUCUGCCGCAAACACCAAAGCACAGCCACUCACCGUUCAUCCAUUUAUCUUCUUAUCCCUUUGUGACUUCGUCUGCGUUGAGUACAUGUAGUUUGCUGACGGGUGAAUUAGCAGCAGCAGCGGGUGAUAAUAUAAAAGCAAGGUGUCCAUCAGUCUUGGAGAAUCAAAUGCACGAGAUAGCUGCUUUUUCAUCUGAAAAUGGCUCAUCUGCAAGCGAACUACUCACCAAACCUCACGUCCAGAGCAAUCUGCCGAGAAAUUUCAUUCAGAUUCAACGCGGGUAGCGACUGCUUCAGAGUGAGUCUCCUCAACCAUGGAACUGUUCCCAGAGACAGAAGAAGCAGUAAGUUUCCGGUUCUCCGCUCUGCCGCAUCGGCCGAUCAGGGCGUGGAGUUGGGCGGAGGGAGAACGGACGAGAAGCAGGGAGAUGAAGAGGAUCAGUUUGGGUGUCUGGCGAAAGAGCAUGGAUGGAAGGUGAGGAGGUUGGCCGAGGACCCAGAUGAAAUGAGAAUGGUUGCUCAAGUUCAGGCCGAAGCAUUUCACGUCCCUAUGUUUCUCUUCAAUGAUCUUUUCUUCCUGUUCUUUCAGGCUGAAGUGCUUUCAGCACUUCUUUACAGACUCAGGAACUCACCCCCAGACAGAUAUGCUUGCUUGGUUGCCGAGCCCAACGCUGAUUCGUCCGGCCAGCUCGUGGGAGUGGUAGAUGUCACAGUCCUGAGAGACGACGCUGUUCUUGAACAUCUCCCUGGAGCAGAAGAGUAUCUCUACGUUUCCGGAAUAGCAGUGCUAAACAAUUUCAGGAGGAAGAAAGUGGCGACUGCAUUGCUGAAAGCCUGCGACGUGCUGUCUGGUCUCUGGGGAUUCGAGUAUCUGGUGCUGAGGGCUUAUGAAAAUGAUUGGGGAGCUCUCAAGCUGUACGGAAACGCGGGCUACAGAGUCGUUUCCGGUGAUCCACCAUGGAUGACCACUUGGAUCGGCCGCCGCCGCCGCGUUCUUAUGAUCAAACGCACCAUUAAUGAUUGAGUUAUCCGCGCAUAUUGUGUUGGGAAACAGGCCAAAGUGCACAUAAAUUUUUUUUUCACUUUUCUUUCAUUUUUUUUUUUUUGAUAGCAGCUGCUGUUGAUUCCUUUUAGACUGUAAUUGUAAUUGUAUUGUGAGGUUGAAUUUUUGUAUCUGCACUUCCACGAGUGAUGGCAAUGUGAAGCAGUUUGGAAGGAGGCAGGGGCGGAUCAGGGGGAGGGCUGGCCCCCAGAUCCGCAGGUCUCCCCCCCCCCAAAAAGAAAAAAAAAUGGGUCAGAUCUGCAGGGCAGAUCCAGGGGAAGGAGGGAGAAUAGCCCAAAUGGUUGCAUGAUGCGUUCCGGGAGAUGUCUUUUUGCCUUCGAUGGCUUGGUUGGUUUCUUGACCAAUACCAUAUCGAUGAUUAGUGUGAUGAUGGAGGAAUUUAUGCUAUUAUUAAUGAGGUUCAUAAUAGGAGUUUUAUCCAUUGCACUUGAAAUGGUCCGACGAAUCUCCAAUUCACUUCUCAAUCAUCAAUCACAUCUGCUCGUUAAAUAAA